GGCUUCCGGAUCGCGCUGCAUGGGGCUUUCGGUGCCUUCCUGGAUGCUCCGGCACUUAGCUGCCUGCUGGCGGCCUCGUUGGAGAUCGCGGCUGCAACCAAGGGCACGUUUCGGUCGGCCUUGAUCCAGCUGAUUGAGAAGCGAGAUCCUGGCAUGGAGAAGGCGAUAGGGGCUCUGGCCAGCGCUCGGGGUGACGAGCAAGCAGCGCUUGUCAUUGCUGCAGCCUUGGCCGCACCUCCCUUCGAUGCCCGCCUCGCGAGGUGCGCUAGCAAGGCUUUGCUGAAGCUGGCUGGGAGGGGAGAUGCUGUCGUCACAGAGGCCGUAAGUGGCCACCUGCAGCAUGAGUCUCACCUGGUGCGCGAGCAUGCGAUCGUCGCUCUCAAGGAGCUAUCCAGUCGUGGCGAUGCAGCUGUGGUCCCAAAGCUUGUAGCAGCCUUGGCUGAUGACGGGCUCAGAGUGCGCAUGGCUGCCACAGAUGCUCUGCGAAGCCUGGCGCAUAGGAGCGAUCCCUGCUUGACAGCACUGGUCGUCGAUCACCUGGGUCACCAGUCGCUAGACGUCCGGGAGGCAGCGCUGAUCGCACUACAGCAGCUCGCGGCUCCAGGCUGCGCAGAUGUCAUUGCCUCGAUCUCCUUGCGCAUGGCCGAUGCAGACAUAGAAGGGAGGAAGGCGCUUCUGACCGCUCUGCAGCAGCUAGCUCCGCCAGGCAAUGAGGCUGCCGUGCGGGAGGCUGCAAGGCGCCUCACCGAUUCCAGCAUCGAGGUUCGCAAGAUGGCCUUGCGAGUGCUUGGAACCCUGGCAGAAGACAUGCCACCUGUGGAGCGCAGAGUGAUUUCUGGCAGCCUCAAGGACUCACAUGCCUCCGUACGCAAGACUGCCAUCACCUCCCUCGAGAAGCUGGCUACCAAGUGUUCCUGGCUGCAAAGCUUACUGUUAGAUCGGCUUGAAGACCCUGCACCUUGCGUGCAAUGCGCAGCAAUUCUGGCAGCGGGAAGGAUCUGUGACCUUGAUGACGAG